CCCCGCAAAGGCCAAUGGUAAGUGCUACUUGCAGACAUAGUGGUUGCUGGCAGAGUGAAGCUAGCUCACGCAUGUUGGCCAUGGCUCCGGGAAGGUACAGUGUUCCUGGGGAAAGGCUGUGCAGCCUGGAGGACUGUGCACCAGGAUUUGGGACCUACUGCAAACAUGGCUACAUCUUUGCCUCGCUGUCCGGACACGUUAUAAAGAAGACUGACAAUGGCCUGAUGCCGGUGAUCUCUGUAGUGAGAGACACUGACUCUCACCUUCUGCCAGAUGUGGGCGCUGUGGUCACCUGUAAGGUGAUGAGCAUAAACUCGCGGUUUGCUAAAGUGCAGAUUAUGUACAUUGGCUCAACCCCGCUGAAGAACACAUUUAGGGGCACAAUCAGGAAAGAAGACAUCCGAGCGACGGAGAAGGAUAAGGUUGAAGUAUACAAAAGUUUUCGACCUGGAGACAUUGUUAUAGCAAAAGUUAUCUCUUUGGGGGACGCCCAAUCCAAUUACCUGCUGAGCACGGCGGAGAACGAGCUGGGAGUGGUGGUGGCACACAGUGAAGCAGGGGUGAUUAUGAUACCCAUCAGCUGGUGCGAGAUGCAAUGCCCAAAGACUCACAUCAAGGAGCCACGGAAGGUGGCGCGCGUGCAACCUGAGUUUCUGCAAACUUAGUAUUGAGAGGACAUCCUCUGCAGCUGCAAAAUGCUUUUUUACUGCUUAUCCGUCAGGAGCCGAUUCAAUUCAGCGCGAGGUUCCGCUGCGCACCCUUCCAUAUGUUACUGCUGGUAAACGCACCUCUACAUAAGCAAUGCUACUCCCCUGUGAAACUGUACGGGAUCCCGCGCUGAAUUGGAUCUCCUCCUUACAGUGAGCUGUUACCACUGUGUGGUUUGCGUCUUUAAAAGGAAACAAAAACAAAAACUUUAUUUUUUAUUUUUUAUAUUGUUUAGGAAACUAUGGACAUUUCAUGUAGUCCUCUUUUUACGACAGAGGUGAGGAACCAGCAGCCUUCCAACUGUUGCACUACACAUCCCAGCAUGCCCUGCAACAGUUUUAGCAUGGCCAAAUAGCAAAACUGUAACAGGGCAUGCUGGUGUGUGUAGUUCAACAACUGGCUUACGAGGACACCUAUAUAUCUGCAGUUUUAGUUUUGUUUGUGAAAUCUUAGUUACGCUGUUUGGAGAGCGGUUUUAUUUUUAAGGGCAGAAGUUUUAUUUUUUUCCCUCGCCAUCCAGUGGCAGAAAAUAUAAUGUUAUUCUCCGCUUUUCAGAGACAAAAUAUUAUUUUUUUUAUGUAAUGAGAAAUUGGGCUUAUUUGUAUUUGUGCUCUAAUUGUAACAAGGAAAGGAUUUUACUGUGAAUUGUUCCGCUGUUGUUGAAUACAGUAAACUGUUCAAUGACUUGAA